GUUUACUGGUGACGGACGCCGGGCGCUGAGGCUAUGCGUCCCGGGGAGGUGCUGGGCCAGGCGGCUCGGCUGGCCUCCUCUGGUCUCCUCCUGCAGGUGUUGUUUCGAUUGAUCACAUUUGUCUUAAAUGCAUUUAUUCUUCGCUUCCUGUCAAAGGAAAUCGUUGGCAUAGUGAAUGUCAGGCUAACACUGCUUUACUCUACCACCAUCUUCCUGGCCAGAGAGGCCUUCCGCAGAGCAUGUCUGAGUGGCAGCACCCAGCGGGACUGGAGCCAGACCCUCAACCUCCUGUGGCUAACCGUCCCUUUGGGUGUGUUUUGGUCCGUGUUCCUGGGCUGGGCCUGGCUACAGUUGCUCGCAGUACCCGAUCCUGACAUCAUCCCCCACUAUGGAACUGGAGUGGUGUUGUUUGGGUUCUCAGCAGUGGUGGAACUUCUGGGAGAGCCCUUCUGGGUCUUGGCACAAGCACAUAUGUUUGUCAAGCUCAAGGUGAUUGCUGAGAGCCUGUCAGUAAUCCUCAAGAGCGUCCUGACAGCUUUUCUCGUGCUGUGUUUGCCUCACUGGGGACUGUAUAUUUUCUCUUUGGCCCAGCUUUUCUAUACUGCAGUUCUGGUGCUCUGCUAUGUUAUUUAUUUUACAAAGUUACUGGGCUCCCCAGACUCAGCCAAGCAACAAGUUCUUCCUGUCUCCAGAAUGACAGAUCUGUUACCCAAUAUUACGAGAAGUAGAGCUUUUGUAAAUUGGGAAGAGGCUAAAUUGACUUGGAGUUUCUUCAAACAGUCUUUCUUGAAACAGAUUUUGACAGAAGGCGAGCGAUAUGUGAUGACAUUUUUGAACGUGUUAAAUUUUGGGGAUCAGGGCGUGUAUGAUAUAGUGAAUAAUCUUGGCUCCCUUGUGGCCAGAUUAAUUUUCCAGCCAAUAGAAGAGAGUUUUUAUAUAUUCUUUGCUAAGGUGCUGGAGAGAGAAAAGGAUGCCACACUUCAGAAGCAGGAGGAUGUUGCUGUGGCCUCUGCGGUUUUGGAGUCCCUGCUAAAGCUGGCCCUGAUCACCGGCCUGACCAUCUCUGUUUUCGGCUUUGCCUAUUCUCAACUGGCUUUGGACAUCUAUGGAGGGGCCAUGCUUAGCUCAGGAUCAGGUCCUGUCCUGCUGCGUGCCUAUUGUCUUUAUGUCCUCCUGCUUGCCAUCAAUGGAGUGACUGAAUGUUUCACAUUUGCUGCCAUGAGCAAAGAGGAGGUCGACAGGUACAAUUUCACAAUGCUGGCCCUCUCAUCUUCGUUCCUGCUGUUAUCCUAUCUCCUGACCCAUUGGUGUGGCAGCGUGGGCUUCAUCUUGGCCAACUGCUUCAACAUGGGCAUUCGGAUCACACAGAGCCUUUGCUUCAUCCACCGCUACUACCGGAAGAGCCCCCACAAGCCCCUGGCCGGCCUGUUCCUGUCACCAGUCCUCCUCGGGGCAUUUGCCCUCAGUGGUGGCAUUACUGCUGUUUCCGAGGUGUUCCUCUGCUGUGAGCGGGGCUGGCCAGCCAUGCUGAUGCACGUCGCUGUGGGGGCCCUCUGUUUGGGAGCGACUCUUGGGAUAGCGUUCCUCACAGAGACCAAGCUGAUCCACUUUCUUAGGACUCAGUUAGGUGUGUCCAGACUCACUGACAAAACGAUGUGACCUCGCGGAAGCCCUGUGGCACCUGGACCAGCUGUGGGGCGGUUUUGUGGGUGGAACAUGUUUUCUAUGCAGAAGAGCCCAAUUAGGGGUCUGUAGUGGAGUGAGACCAACAUACAGGUGAGUCAUCGGAGCAAACCACCAGACCAAACACUUACCGUCCGUUUGAGGUUUCAGACAGCAAGGAGGAGUUCCAUUUUUAAGUGAAGACCAAAAAGCUUUUAAAAUAGAUACAAUUAUUUUUUUCACCA